GUGACAUAGAGAUGCUGGCAUUUUAAUUUUGCUAAUGUCAGGUCUUGACGUUCCAGAGUUACCAGAUCAAUUGACUGCUAAGCAUCAUGCUAGUGAGUGGUCAAAGUAUAACAGAGUUCCUCUCGUCGGUAUUACCAGUACCUGGUAAUGGUCGUUUGGAGCGACCCUUAGUGACCCUCACAUUCGCUCAAUCUCUUGACGGGAAGAUAGCAGGCAAGGAGGGCAAACAGCUUAUUCUCAGCGGCAGAGAAAGCAUGCUCAUGACUCAUUGGAUGCGGACCAAGCACGACGCUAUCCUAGUUGGCAUCGGUACUGCGCUAAAUGACGAUCCCCAGCUAAAUAGUCGCCAUAUCCCUGAGGAUGAACGACCAAGCCAUCUGCCUCGUCCUGUGAUACUUGACGCAAACUUGCGCCUUAGACCAGACUGCAAGCUGCUCAAAAAUUAUCGGGAGGGAAAAGGUCGCCGUCCAUGGGUAAUUUGCGAUGCUAAUUUGGCCUCCGAUGACGGAAGAAAAUCCACCCUUGAGGACGCUGGAGCAAGAGUGAUAGGCGUGCCCUCGGUGGACGGUUUCAUCAUGAUCCCAAAUCUCUUGAAGGUCCUUUACAACUUUGGAAUCAAGACCCUUAUGGUCGAAGGAGGUGCAACUAUUAUCGGCUCUUUCUUGGCGGAAUCUGCACGCACCAAGCCUAAUAUCAUUAUUGACACACUCAUCAUCACAAUUGCUCCAACGCUGAUUGGUGACGAUGGUGUCGGGUAUGGGGGAACAUUAUUGGCUCCACAGAUCCCCUCCUUGAAGCACAUCCAAACUGAGGUCAUGGGGCGAGAUGUUGUUGUUGUCAGUGCAUUAGAGUGAAUUUUACUCGAGUGAGCGUUGGCCCCCAUAGGAUAGCAAGAAAGUACGAGAACAAAGAAGCAAGGCAGAACUUCGGACUUGUAGUAAGUUACGU